GCGGAAGAGUCCAUCCAUGGCGGCUGUGCUAAUCGGAGGAUACAGUCUGAAAAAUAACUUCAUCGUUAGUUUGCUCACAGUGUUUGCAUUCUUCGUGCACGGUGCAUCUGAUGUUGGCACAGACAGAGUGUCAGUGUUUGUGAUGAAGGGAGAUUCAGCCACUCUUCACACUAAUAUUACAAUAAAACAACAAGACAGAGUUAAAUGGUAUUUUACCGACUCUCUCAUCGCUCGACUCAAUCUCAGUUAUAUCUGUACAGAUGUUCAGUGUAAUAAAGGUACUGAGAGAUUCAGAGACAGACUGAAGCUGGAUCAUCAAUCUGGUGAUCUUACGAUCAUGAACAUCAACACCUCAGAUGCUGGAACUUAUCAUCUAAAGAUCGUCAGCAGCAACAGCAGAAUUACAAGGGUUUUUGAAGUUGGUGUUCAUGAUGUCCCCACUGCUGAAAUCAAGAGAAAGACAGUGAAGGAGGGAGAAUCUGUUCCUUUAGACACUCCUGAAGUAAAAAACCCAGAUAAUGUGAUGACGUGGUAUUUUAAUGACACUCUCAUCGCUGAAAUCACUGGAGAUCAGAGUGAGAUCUGUAGAGAUGAUCAGUGUAGAGAGAGAUUCAGAGACAGACUGAAGGUUGAUCAGACUGGAUCUCUGACCAUCACGAACACCAGAACCACAGACUCUGGAGAUUAUAAACUACUGAUCAAAUCCAGCAGAAACCACUACAGUACCACCAGCAUUAAGAGCUUCUCUGUGUCUGUCACUGAUUCAGGUUUGUCUCCAGGCACUGUAGCAGGAAUAUAUGUUGCUGUUGCUGUUGCUGUUGUGUUGCUGGUGGCUGCAGCUGUUGGUGUGAUGAUCUAUCGCCGCAGGAGCUCCAGAAAGGGCAACCCUCGUGAUCAGAGUGGAUCCCAACACAGGGCCGGCGCCAAUGGGAGGCAUUCGUGGACCGUGCCCCUCAAACGAGUUACUGUGCCCCCUCUUUCCAAUCUCUCGCCGAAAGUGAAAGUGAAACCGAAUAAAACAGCGUGCAUAGGAAAGCGUUUGCACGCUUUCUUGAGCGUCAGCAACUGCACACAUUUGCAUAUGGCACCCAUCUUUAAGCUGGAACUUAAAAAUUGAUUUACACUGAUUUGUAAUCAUCUGUAUGUCUUAAAUUAUGUGUUUUAAAGAUUUAAUAGUUGCAGUUUAUAAAGCUGAAAUAUAUUUUAUUCGUUUAGUAUCUUUAUAUAAAGUGUCAAAUAAAGAACAUUAUAAGAUUAUCAUAGUUAUAAUAUAAUAAGUGCCUUUAUUUAAUGGUUGUGG